AUGGACAGGGCAGAGUACUCGCAACCUCUCUGCACUGCUGUCCAGGUCGGUCUCGUUAAUUUCUUGGCCAAGGCCGGAAUCACGCCUGCUGCCGUUGCUGGCCACUCAAGUGGCGAAAUUGCAGCUGCAUAUGCCGCCGGAGCCAUCUCGCUAUCAGAGGCCAUCUUGAAUGCAUACCACCGCGGACUGGCUGUCACGCAUGUUCAACGUCGCGGUGCCAUGGCAGCGGUAGGCAUGGGCCGAGCGGCGGUGGCACCUUUUAUUGCGAAUGGAGUCGUUUUGGCGCGCGAGAAUGGCCCUAGAAGCGUAACUCUCUCCGGUGAUGAAGAUGCUCUGGAGCGGAUCCUUGCCGCCAUCAGUGACAAGAACCCCAAGACGGUUAAGCGGUGGCUGGGUGUCAAUGUUGCAUAUCAUUCAAGUAAUGAAACUCUCAGAAAGCUGAGAGCGCGGGCGGAAGGAUAA